ACACACACACUCGCGCGCACGCACGCACUGAGCGAGGGGGAAGCGUGUGUGAGAGCAAGAGCCUGUGAAUAAUCCUCAUUCCUUCCGCGACCCGUUCGGCUCUUGGAUGAUCCAUAAUAACCUCAUAAUAAUCUAUAAUAAUAAUUAAUAAUCAAUAAUCAUCCGGAUCAACAUGUCCCGCAGAAAGCAGAGCAACCCCCGGCAAAUCAAACGUCCACUAGAUGGAGGUCUGGAGGAGGAAGAGGAGGAGUGUAUAUCAGACGCGAAUGAACUUACUGCUAAAGAGGAGUUUUCAGUGGAGGAAAACUUUCCUGCUGACUUUGAACCAGACAACCUCACCUGUGAGGACAUGGAGUACUUCUGCAGCAAAGGGGAAGAAAACGGCAACAGAGAAAUAGGAGAGACAGAGAUGGAAACAGACAGUGAGAAGACCAGACACCCCCCUCUGGAGCCAGAGGAAUGGGACGGUCCAAUGAUGGACAAGAAAGACAAAUUUUGUGACAUUGGCAACAGCAACUUCUAA